AUGGCGAAAGUUCUUGUUAUCGUCCCGGAUACGUUUCCAGAAACCCCACAAAAGAAUGAAAUUUUACUCAAAUCAGCAAAUUUUGAGUGUAAGGAAAGGCCAUACAUUGCGUCGCCUUUUAUGCCGAUCGCCACCCAGCUGCCGAUACCUCUGGAACGUCGAGCGCCCGGUUCACCCAAGGAAGCAAAGCGGAAUUUGGCCUAUGGAAGUAAUCGUCGACCCGCUGUUGAAGAGGGUCUUUUGUCCGGGGAUGAGCAACAGACACCGAGCAGCAAUGAAGAGUAA